AUGACGUUUCUCUUUUCAGCUAUCGUAGCUCAACGAAAGCCCAUCAAAGAAGCGCUAUUCCUAAACACAGAUGUGUUUAACUCUACGAUGGAGGACUGCGUGUGGCGCCGAGAGCGUGAGCCUUGUCCAGAUCCGAAUGUCACUCUCAAUUUGUAUACUGAAGCGGAGCCGUUUAAAAAAGAGGUAGACCUGUUCAGCGAGGACUGGCUCCGGCAAAGCAGUUGGGAGCCGUCACAUGAGACUAUCCUGCUCAUACACGGCUAUGCCGGUGGAGAUGACACUCUGCCUAUCGUAGUCCUGAGAGAUGCCUACCUCCGUCGCGGUGGCUACAACGUGUUCAUGAUGGACUGGGGCCAGCUCUCGCAGCCUCCGUGCUACGUUGCGGCUGUACACAACCUAAGGCCAGUCGCGCGGUGUGUUGCUGAGGCCCUGGGAUCGUUAAGACGUGCUGGACUGAGGCCGGACAGGCUCACGUGUGUAGGCCACUCGCUUGGCGCGCACAUGUGCGGAAUAAUGGCCAACUACUUGAAUUUUAGACUCAAUAGAAUAAUUGGGUUAGAUCCAGCCCGUCCUCUUAUCAGAUCUGCGCCAGCACUUCGCUUGGACCCGGGAGACGCGCGGGCAGUUCACGUGUUGCACACCAACGCUGGUCGCUACGGAGAGGGCGCUCGUCUAGGACAUGCUGACUUUUGUCUUAACGGCGGACGAAGCCAGCCCUAUUGCGAAGACACGCCAAACGAAGCUUUAUGCAGCCACGUCUGGUCAAUCUGCUACCAAGCCGAGAGCCUCUUCAGGCCGAGAUCCGCCGCUCCUUGUGGUAGAAGAUGCUCAGUGAGAGUUCCUCCAUCCAGGUCAUCAGCGUUACCUGUACCUUUAGGACAACCCGCACCUAUGACCGCAUCGGGUGCCUAUUGCGUCGAGGACUUCACAACACCUUUCUGCCCCAGCUCAAGCGGACUAGCGGAGGGCGAUACACGCUGUUGCCUUGACAAACAGUACGCGGCCGCGGCCACGACCUUACGCCCACCCCGCACUCGCCCGCGACCCGUGGCCCGUCUGCGCGCCAGACGAAUCAAGAACUAUGACCAAAACGUCACUUUGGACGUUAGCAACCACUUUUGAAUGCAUUUAGAAUCUAUGGUAGGUUAAGAUUUUCUUUAUUGCAAGGUUUCUGACAGGGUUGGCAACUGGUCUAAAUACAAAACACAAGACUUGACAGCGGUUGCACAACUGUCAAAAUAUUGUCCAUGUACAAGAGCGACUUGCAGAGAAGAUACAAUCGUAAAAUUUACACUCAGACGCUUUAGGUAGUUCAUUUAGACAGGA